GACGCGAGUUGAAUAAGUAUCAUUGAAGAUAGUUGUGUUCAGCUGGACGUGGAGAUGUCCGCGUCCUCGCAGGUGUCGGCGGUCCGAGUCCUGUACAAGCGGAUCCUGGUGCUGCACCGGUUCCUGCCGCUGCACCUGCGGGCGCUGGGAGACCAGUACGUGAAGGAGGAGUUCCGAAAACACAAGACCGCGACCCCCAAGGAGGCGGAGGGCUUCAUGGAGGAGUGGAAGAAUUACAAGGACACCCUGCAGACACAGGUACUUGAAUCAGCAGGGAGGCAGAUCUGUUCGGUGAAGUUUGGGGCCCACCUGUCGGAGGGGAAGCUCAACGACUUUGAGAACGAACAGAUUGGUCAAUUGUACGAACUCAUGCUGGAAUCCACCAAACCCAACAACCAGUUUGACAUCCAGGAGGACAAAUGACGCCGGCCUUUGUUGGAUUUUGACCAGACAUCAAAUAAUAACUUCUUUGAAAAAUUCAGAGCAAUGCCUAACUAUAUCUGACUGCCUAAUAUUAAGAGUGAUAUUCAGGAGCCAAGAAGAGGCUUUUAAGAAUGAUUUAUUCUGUUAGAGUGCUGUGUAAUUUUCCUGUUCCUGUCUUUGAGUUCCUUCCUGUCACAAUAAAAGGUUCCUUGCACUCUUUUGCAGGUGCAUUAAGAUAGCUCUAA